UAAACAGGAAGUAACGCUGGUGAGCUCGAGGGGGCGGUGGUGGACUGUGAACUGUCUCGGAGUUAAAAGGUGACCAGCUGCGGUUAUGUAUGACUGCGUGUUUUGAUUCAUGUCGACGGUCUGAAUGUUGAUCUGAACUCGGGAAGGAAGCAGCGGCAGCUAGGGACGCUGAGAGUUUAGGCGCGUGAACUCUGGCUGUCACAGUCAGCGGCGCGUGAAGGAGCCGUUAAACCAGAAGGAGACGAAGGAAGGCGCGUCACUGCCCCGCUCCGAGCUCUCUCAGCAGGGGGGACGGGAGAACACGGUUCACCGGCCAUGGCUGCCCUCGGUAACUCGGGGACGACUACAUCCAGCCCGGCGGUGGUCCUGGCGCCCAAGACGAAGACGAAGAAGAAGCACUUUGUCCAGCAGAAGGUGAAGGUGUUUCGCGCCAGUGAGCCCGUCGUGAGCGUGUUCAUCUGGGGCGUCAAUCACUCGAUCAAUGAUCUGAGCCAGGUGCCCGUUCCUGUCAUGCUGCUGCCCGACGACUUCAAAGCCAACACUAAGGUCAAAGUCAACAACCACCUCUUCAACAAAGAAAACCUUCCCGGACAUUUUAAGUUUAAAGAAUACUGUCCUCAGGUCUUCAGAAAUCUAAGGGAACGCUUUGGCAUUGAGGAUCAGGACUAUCAGGUGUCUCUAACCCGCAGCCCCCCGGUGAGAAGUGCAGACGAUCACGGAGAGAGUCUCCUCCUCAACUCCUACGACCGAACUCUCGUCAUCAAGCAGAUCUCCAGCGAAGAUGUGGCAGAUAUGCACAACAUUCUGUCAGAGUAUCACCAGCACAUCGUGAAGUGCCACGGCAGCACGCUGCUGCCCCAGUUCCUGGGGAUGUACCGGGUGAGCGUGGACAGCGAGGAGGCGUACCUGAUCGUCAUGAGGAACAUGUUCAGCCACAGACUGGUGGUGCACAGGAAGUACGACCUGAAGGGCUCUCUGGUGGAUCGUGAAGCAAGUGACAAAGAAAGGGAAAAAGAGCUUCCGACCUUCAAGGACAUGGACUUCAGAAACAACAUGCAGAAGGUGUACGUUACAGACGAGGAGAAGGAGAAGUUCAUGGAGAAACUCAACAGAGAUGUGGAGUUCCUGGUGAAGCUGAAGAUCAUGGACUACAGCCUGUUGCUCGGCAUCCACGACAUCGGCCGAGCCGAGCGGGAGGACGAGGAGAGCGGCGAGGCGUCCAACGAGGAGGAGGCGGAGUCAGAGAACGGUCUGGCGCCGGGCCCCGCCGUGGGCUCCUACGGCACCUCGCCCGAAGGGAUCGCCGGUUACAUGCCCUCCUGCAAGCCUCUGGGGCCGGGAGAGUUCGACCCCUACGUGGACGUCUACGCCCUCAGAAGCUGCGCAGGAGCCCCUCAGAGGGAGGUCUACUUCAUGGGCCUGAUAGACGUGCUCACGCAGUACGACACCAAGAAGAAAGCCGCUCACGCCGCCAAGACCGUCAAACACGGGGCCGGCGCCGAGAUCUCCACCGUCCACCCGGAGCAGUACGCCAAGCGGUUUCGUGACUUCAUCUCCAAGAUUUUCGCGUAACACUGCAGGCGAGGGCGUGGACUGUAGGAGGCAGCAGCAGGAGGAGGAGGCAGUAUGCACAACGAUCACUGUUUAACUCUGGUGGAGAGACGAGCUGCUGCUUUAGGGUGCAGAUAUUUAUUUAUAAGAGAUAUAUUUCUGUAGCUAUUGAACACUGUUGGGUAAUAGGCUGGGAGCUGUAACCUAUGUGGGGGGGGGGGGGGGCUUUGAUCAGUGUUGAGUUAAACCACAUCUAUAUCUUUCUCAUGGUUUUUAGACGUUAAACUAGUAAUAAAUAGUGGAAAUAUAUUUACAAUAGAUAUCAGAGGGUUAAUUUAGCUCCGCCCUAAAUGUUGCCACUGGACCCUGAAGGAAUCAUGAAGUUACAAACAAAAAAAACACUAAAGCUUUAGUUCCCAGUAACACCUCAGACCUGAAAGAAUUUAAAAAAAAAUUAAACAUAUCGCCAUAUUUCAGCUAAAUGCUGACGCUUUACCCAAAAAAAAAAAAAAAAACCCCAGACCUCUGGUUAGCUGGUCAGAGCGGAGCUGCUACACAUUUACUGUCAGUUUACUGUGCAAACACACGUAGUUACCCCCCCCCCCCCCCCUCCCAGACUCCAGCCAACAUUUAUCCGUAGCAGCAGGGUCUGUAGUCCUUAGUGCCAAAAGCUUUAUCAGAGCAGAUCUUUGCACUUUGCAUCCAGUUAAUCUGGCGGUGAAAGGAUCAAAUGUCAUUUUCUACAGCGUUUUUAUUUGAUUUUAUGUUAUUUUAGCUAAAUUUGUAGCAGAUUUUCAGAUUUUCCAUAUCUCAGCCUGUGAACACGUCUUCCAGCCCCGCCCGUUCCAGCCACUGUUCACAGAACCAGCGGCUUCAUAACCGGCGUAGCGGUUUGUGCGUAGAAGUGGCAAAUGUGCGUUUUAUGUGGAUUACUGUGAUGCAUCUGAGUUUAAAACAUGUAGGGUUUAAGGAGUGGGGAGUACGUCAACGUCAGCUUAACGACACGUGGGAUUAAAAUGCGGCGCUGCUUUAUAGUCACACUACGUUUUAGCAGCUUAACCAGGAGAGUCUCCAGCAUUCCUCUAAGGCAGAAUGAGUGCAGCUGUUCAGUCUGCAUGACGCCUCCUUUAAUCAGCUUCUUCUUUUUUCUUUUUUUUUAAAAGCAAAUCAGCUUUUUGGACCAAAUUAUGAUUUACUGAGAUUUCCUGGAAACUGUUUUAACGUAUUUCCCUGAGAACGUGCCAGUAGGGCGGUCUGUGUGUGCGCGACACUUUAGUCUUAGAAAUACCUCAACCUGUUGUUGUCGACGCAGAGAGGCGCGGCCGUGGACGCGUUGGGAAACCUGCUCACUUCGUCUUUAUGGGUCUGGAUGCCAUGUUGUCCUCGUUUUUUUUUUUUUUUUUUUUUUCAUGUACUUUGUAAACUAAAACAAAAACCCUGUCGGCUUUUACGUGUAAUAAAAGUAUUUUUUAGAGGGCAGCCUGUAAACCUGGCCUUUGCUUUUAUUUGCCGUUCUGACGCUAAAAGCUGUUGUUGGCUUUGAACACAUGGCGUGAUUCUCUUCUCUUUUUUUUGGACGUUUGAAGGAGAAAUAAAUAUUUUCCCUGUUA